AUGACUACAGAGACAGCAGGAAACCAGUCUGAGAUAACCACGUUUACAAUGCAAUGUUUUUCAGAGAAAACCGAGCUCCAAAUCCCUCUUUUCAUAGUCUUCCUGCUCAUCUUCCUCAUCAUUAUCAUUGGUAACAUUGUUAUUUUUGCAACGAUUAUUUCCAGUUCCCACCUGCACACCCCAAUGUAUAUUUUCUUGUGUGUCCUUUCAUUUCUGGACAUCUGCUAUGCCUCGACAACCCUACCCAAGCUUCUGGUCAUGCUCGCCACCCAACGGAAGAUCAUCUCAUUUGUAGGGUGCAUGACGCAGCUGUAUUUCUUUCUGUCAUUUAUUUGCACGGAAUUCCUUCUUCUUGCCACCAUGGCCUAUGACCGCUAUGCUGCAAUUUGUCACCCACUUCAUUAUACUUUACUUAUGAGUCUGAAGAAUUGUGUGAAACUUCUAGCAGCUUCCUUCGCCAUUGGGUUUUUGGACCCUUUUGUAUUUGCUUUAUUAAUAGCAAACUUGUCUUUUUGUGCAUCCCGUCUCAUCGACCAUUUUUUCUGUGAUGUUAGCCCAGUGCUGAAGCUCACCUGCAGCGACACCUCCAUCUUGGAGAUUUUGAUCUACAUCAACGGAGCCCUUGUUGGCUCUAGUGCAUUUAUCCUCACCUCAACUUCUUACAUCUUUAUCAUCUGCACAAUAAUGAGGAUCCGAUCAUCCCACGGACAACAAAAAGCCUUUUCUACCUGCGCGUCCCACCUGAUGUGCGUUCUCAUUUUUUAUGUUACAAUCAUCUGUUUGGAUACAAGACCCAUAAAAGCUUUCAAUCCAAAGCGGGACAAAUUCUUUUCUCUCUUGUAUAUGACAUUGAUCCCUUUGCUAAAUCCUAUUAUUUAUACCUUGAAGAAUAAUGAUUUCAAAGAAUCUUUAAAGAAACUGAUAACCAAAAGAUGUGCAUACUCAAAGUAA